UUCGCUUUUUGAUUUGCGUUUUGUUAAUCAUGUGUACUUUCACCAUUCGGUACUUGCUGCUACGGAUAUUUGUGCGGCAAUACAUUUGGCUGUCACUGCUCGAAGACUAUCCAGCUUUAGUUGAAACAACAAUAUGCGAGCAAUGUUGAAACCAUCAGUUUACACUUCAACAAAAUGCCACCUUCGCGCAAACAUGAGUUCGCUGGCAAAAUUUUUACAUCCAGAAUUAGACGCGAUCAAGAGUUCUGGAACAUGGAAAUCAGAACGCAUAAUUACUUCCCCCCAGAGCAUGGAGAUUCGUGUGGCUAAUGGAAAAAACGUCCUAAAUUUCUGCGCUAAUAACUACUUGGGAUUAUCCAAUAACGAGGAAGUAGUAGCAGCUGCUAAAGCUGCUUUGGAUGAAUAUGGUGCAGGCUUGAGUUCGGUGAGAUUUAUUUGUGGAACCCAAAAAAUUCAUAAAGACUUAGAGAAUAAAUUAUCAACCUUUCACGGAAGACAAGAUACGAUUUUGUACGCAUCUUGCUUCGAUGCGAAUGCUGGAAUUUUCGAAACACUUUUAACGGCAGAUGAUGCGGUGAUAAGCGAUGAGUUAAAUCAUGCCUCCAUCAUUGACGGAAUCCGACUUUGUAAAGCAAAGAGAUUCAGGUACAAACACAGAGACAUGGUGGAUCUCGAACAGAAACUUCAAGAAAGUUCCUCAUCCCGCUUGAGGUUGAUCGCUACGGACGGAAUAUUUUCAAUGGAUGGAACUGUCGCACCGUUAUCUAAAAUUGUUGAACUCGCGAAAAAAUAUAAUGCCUUAACUUUCGUUGAUGAUUGUCAUGCGACAGGCUUCUUUGGAAAAACAGGCAGGGGCACAGAAGAAUAUUUCGAUCUUUUGGGUAAAAUUGACAUCAUAAAUUCAACUCUGGGUAAGGCGCUUGGUGGUGCAGCAGGUGGUUACACAACUGGACCAAAAGAACUCAUUGAUUUGUUGAGGCAGCGAAGUAGGCCGUACCUUUUCUCAAAUUCACUACCACCGCCCGUUGUUGCCACAGGAAUUAAGGUGCUCGACCUCAUUUCUAGUAGCACUAAAUUUUUAGAACGAUCUGCUAGUAAUACAGAACGGUUUAGAAGUGCUAUGACGUCGGCUGGAUUCACUAUUAACGGCGAUGGACAUCCGAUAUGCCCCGUGAUGCUUGGAGAUGCGAAGCUAGCUUCUUCUUUUGCCGAUAAGAUGCUAGGCAGAGGCAUUUACGUAAUCGGAUUCAGUUAUCCCGUUGUACCAAAAGAAAAAGCAAGAAUACGUGUCCAGAUCAGCGCGGCGCAUACAACAGAAGAUAUUGAUAGAGCAGUAAAUGCUUUCAUUGAAAUUGGAAAGGAAUUAAAAGUGAUUUCUUGAAUUUAAAAUCAUAAGUAGAAUACCAUGAAUUAAUCUCAACGAUUUUUGAUGUAUAAAGAUCUUUAGUUAAGCCGUAGUAAAGGGAGAGUAUUGUGAAAGAUAUCGUAUCUUCUUACAAAAUAGAUGGACACAAUAUAUGUAUAAGAUUCUUUAGCUCAGAUCAGAGAAAGUUAUGUAUAUCGCAAAAUUCGUGCAUACAAGAAUAAAGCAAUAAUUUCUAGAAA